CACACGGUCUGCAUGUGUGCAGAGAGCUGCCGUGUUAGAGGACCAGAGGAUAUCAGCGCUGCUUCUAUCCUCUCCCUACUUUUGGGGAUUUGUCCUUUGUCCUAAAAAAGAAAGUCACCUGUCAGGCGGGGGGGCUUGUUUCUGUGGAUGACUGGGGUCUUUGCCAGUGGCCAGGGAGGACUUCUGAAAGUGAUUUGAAAGCUAGUUUUCUGCGUGUGGGAACAGUGAGAGGACAGCCAUGGCUCACGCCGCGGCUCACAUUAAGAAGGCCAGGUCCGAGAUGGAUCAACCUCCGGACCUGAAGGCUCUGGAGAAAGCCAGAGAGAGGAGGAGGCGUUCCCGAGAGCGGGCCGAGCGCAAGAGAAAGUCGGACAGUAACACCAGUUUCCUGCGAGCGGCGAGAGCAGGGAACAUUGACAAAGUUCUGGAGUUUCUGAAAGGGGGAGUGGACAUCAGCACCUGCAAUCAGAAUGGACUCAAUGCACUGCACCUGGCAGCCAAGGAGGGCCAUGUGGAUCUGGUCCAGGAGCUGCUGGAGAGAGGAGCAGCCGUGGAUUCGGCCACAAAGAAAGGAAACACAGCCCUGCACAUCUCCUCUCUGGCUGGGCAGGUUGACGUAGUGAAGAUCCUGGUGAAACGAGAAGCUGACAUCAACGCUCAGUCUCAGAAUGGAUUCACUCCUCUGUACAUGGCCGCCCAGGAGAACCACAUGGAUGUGGUGCGGUACCUGCUGGAGAAUGGAGGCAACCAGAGCACUGCUACCGAGGAUGGCUUCACCCCCCUGGCCAUCGCCCUGCAGCAGGGUCACAACCAGGUGGUCUCUGUGCUGCUGGAGAACGACACUAAAGGCAAAGUCCGCCUGCCUGCGCUGCACAUCGCGGCGCGCAAGGACGACACCAAGUCAGCCGCGCUGCUGCUGCAGAACGACCACAACGCCGACGUCCAGUCCAAGAUGAUGGUCAAUAGGACUACUGAGAGUGGAUUCACCCCGCUGCAUAUCGCUGCCCACUAUGGCAACGUCAAUGUGGCCACACUGCUGCUGAACCGAGGGGCAGCAGUGGACUUCACAGCAAGGAAUGGGAUUAUUCCUCUACAUGUGGCAUCGAAGCGUGGCAACACUAACAUGGUGGGCCUGUUACUGGACCGUGGCUCUCAGAUUGAUGCUAAAACAAGGGACGGUCUGACCCCCCUACACUGUGCGGCCCGGAGUGGACAUGAUACAGCUGUGGAGCUGCUGCUGGAGAAAGGAGCCCCCAUGCUGGCCAGGACCAAGAAUGGGCUGUCUCCGCUUCACAUGGCGGCACAAGGCGACCAUGUGGAAUGUGUCAAACACCUUCUGCAGCACAAGGCUCCUGUUGAUGAUGUCACACUGGACUACCUGACAGCGCUGCAUGUGGCCGCCCACUGCGGUCACUACAGAGUCACCAAGCUGCUGCUGGACAAGAGGGCCAACCCCAACGCCAGGGCGCUGAACGGCUUCACUCCACUGCACAUAGCCUGCAAGAAGAACCGAGUGAAAGUGAUGGAGCUGCUGGUCAAAUAUGGAGCCUCGAUUCAGGCCAUUACAGAGUCUGGUUUGACUCCGAUCCACGUAGCAGCCUUCAUGGGUCACCUGAACAUCGUCCUGCUGCUGCUGCAGAACGGAGCCUCGCCCGACGUCAGCAAUAUUCGUGGGGAAACAGCGCUACACAUGGCAGCCAGGGCGGGUCAGGUGGAGGUGGUCAGAUGUCUGCUGAGGAAUGGAGCGAUGGUGGACGCCAGGGCACGGGAGGACCAGACUCCGCUCCACAUUGCCUCCCGUCUGGGGAAAACAGAGAUUGUUCAGCUGCUGCUGCAACACAUGGCUCAUCCUGAUGCUGCCACAACCAACGGCUAUACCCCCCUGCACAUCUCGUCCAGGGAGGGGCAGGUGGAGACAGCCUCUGUCCUGCUGGAGGCUGGAGCUUCUCACUCACUGGCCACCAAGAAAGGGUUUACUCCCCUACACGUGGCCUCCAAGUACGGAAGCCUAGAUGUAGCCAAACUUCUGCUGCAGCGCUGCGCUCCGCCUGACUCUGCUGGGAAGAACGGCCUCACCCCGCUCCAUGUCGCAGCACAUUAUGAUAACCAGAAGGUGGCACUCCUUCUUUUGGACAAAGGAGCGUCCCCUCACACCAUGGCCAAGAACGGAUACACUCCUCUCCACAUCGCCGCUAAGAAGAACCAGAUGGAAAUCGCCACGGUACUGCUGCAGUACGGGGCCGACACCAACAUCCUGACCAAGCAGGGGGUCACCCCGCUCCACCUGGCCUCUCAGGAGGGCCACGCCGACAUGGCUGCGCUGCUCAUCAGCAAAGGGGGGCAGGUCAAUGUGCAGACUAAGAGCGGCCUCACUGCCCUCCAUCUGGCCGCCCAGGAGGACAAAGUGUCUGUUGCCGAGAUCCUGGCCAAAAACGGAUCCAACCUUGACCAGCAGACCAAAUUGGGAUAUACCCCGCUAAUUGUAGCAUGUCACUAUGGUAACGCAAAAAUGGUCAACUUCCUGCUUCAGAAUGGAGCUAGUGUCAACGCCAAGACCAAGAAUGGAUACACCCCCCUUCACCAGGCAGCCCAGCAGGGAAACACACACAUCAUUAACUUACUGCUGCAAGGGGGCGCCAAGCCCAACGCCAUCACUGUGAAUGGUAACACUGCUCUGGGGAUUGCUCGGAGGCUGGGCUACAUCUCUGUGGUGGAUACGCUGAGGGUCGUCACCGAGGAAAUCAUCACCACCACAACGACGGUGACGGAGAAACACAAGCUGAACGUGCCGGAGACCAUGACUGAAGUGCUGGAUGUGUCCGAUGAAGAGGGUGAUGACACAAUGACAGGUGACGGGGGGGAGUACCUGAGGGCGGAGGACCUCAGGGAGCUGGGAGAUGACUCCCUGCCCGGACAGUACCUGGAUGGAAUGAACUAUCUCCGCUUCAGCCUGGAGGGGGGGCGCACCGACAGCUCUGACAGGUCCUUCACACCCACACACCACAGCUACUACUCCCCUAAACAUGAAAGCAUGAUGGACGAGAUGCUAACCUGUCACCAGGUCUCGUCACUAGCUAGGACGAAUGAGAGCGAUUCAUAUCGUCUGAGCUGGGGCACAGAGAACCUGGACAAUGUGGCUCUGUCGUCCAGCCCCAUUCACUCUGGCCGUUCCUCCCCGUGCCAUGAACAUGGAGACCACUGCAGCUUCCUGGUCAGUUUCAUGGUGGACGCCAGGGGCGGAGCCAUGCGUGGUUGCCGGCACAACGGCCUCCGCAUCAUCAUCCCGCCCAGGAAGUGCAGUGCGCCCACACGGGUGACCUGUCGGCUGGUUAAGAGGCACCGUCUGGCCACCAUGCCCCCCAUGGUAGAAGGCGACGGCCUGGCCAGCAGGAUCAUAGAGGUGGGGCCCUCUGGAGCCCAGUUCCUCGGUAAACUCCACCUCCCCAAUGCCCCCCCGCCUCUAAAUGAAGGAGAGAGUUUGGUUAGCAGAAUCCUCCAGCUCGGCCCGCCAGGGACCAAAUUCCUCGGUCCUGUGAUUGUGGAGAUCCCCCACUUUGCUGCCCUGCGGGGGAAAGAGAGGGAGCUGGUGAUUCUGAGGAGUGAGACUGGAGAGAGCUGGAAGGAGCAUCACUGUGAACACACCCAAGAGGAACUCAACCAAAUACUCAACGGCAUGGACGAGGAGCUCGACACACCAGAGGAACUGGAGAAGAAGCGCCUUUGCCGAAUCAUCACUAGAGAUUUCCCACAAUACUUUGCCGUGGUUUCACGUAUUAAGCAAGAUAGCAACCUGAUCGGUCCUGAAGGGGGCGUCCUCAGCAGCACUGUUGUGCCACAAGUACAGGCAGUUUUUCCUGAGGGGGCCCUAACCAAGAGGAUCAGGGUUGGACUGCAGGCCCAGCCAGUCAAUGUAGAUGUAGUGAGGAAGAUCCUGGGAAAUAAAGCCACCUUCAGCCCCAUCGUCACCCUGGAGCCCCGCAGGAGAAAGUUCCAUAAACCCAUCACCAUGACCAUCCCUGUCCCCAAGAGCAACUCUGACAUGGUUCUCAAUGGCUUUGGAGGGGACACCCCCACCUUACGGCUGCUCUGUAGUAUCACAGGUGGAACAACUCCUGCUCAAUGGGAGGACAUAACAGGAACCACUCCGCUAACAUUCAUCAAUGACUGUGUCUCCUUUACCACCAAUGUGUCUGCAAGAUUCUGGCUGAUAGACUGUCGGCAAGUGCAGGAAUCUGUAAAUUUCUCCACUCAGGUGUACCGAGAGAUCAUUUGUGUACCUUACAUGGCCAAGUUUGUCAUCUUUGCAAAGACACAUGACCCUAUUGAGGCCCGACUGCGGUGCUUCUGUAUGACAGAUGACAAGAUUGACAAAACUCUGGAGCAGCAGGAGAACUUCGUCGAGGUGGCCCGCAGUCGAGAUGUUGAGGUCCUGGAAGGCAAACCUAUCUAUGCAGACUGCUUUGGAAACCUUGUUCCACUCACCAAAAGUGGCCAGCACCAUCUCUUUAGCUUCUAUGCCUUUAAGGAAAACAGACUAGCACUCUUUAUCAAAAUCAGAGACAACACUCAGGAGCCCUGUGGACGUCUGUCCUUUAUGAAAGAACCCAGGAACUACAGGUCACUCACCCAAAAUGCCAUAUGCAACCUCAACAUCAGCCUUCCAUCAUACUCCAAGGAGUCCGAUUCAGAUCAAGAGCAAGAGGAAGAGACCAGCAGAACGAUCGAGAAAUAUGAAGAGACGCCGACAUCAGCCCUGAAAUCAGAGCUGAUUCGAGAACCAGACCUUCUAUCCGACGUGUCAGAGAUGAAACAAGAUUUGAUCAAAAUGACUGCCAUCUUGACUGCCGACACCACAGAGAAAUCCCCUUCCUUAGGAAGGUGUGGUGUAGAGAAAGGGACUGAUGAUGUUUCUGGAGAGCCAUUAGAAAUAAUGGAAAAAGACUUAGAGAAAGUCAAAGAGGACCUAGAGAAAGUCAGUGAGAUACUCAGGAGUGGAACAUAUGAGGGUGAGGCAGCUGAGGAGACAGCAAAAGCAGCUAGAAUGACCGAGGAGUGGGUUCUCCUCUCAGAGUUUGAGAUAAAGGAGGCCAAAAAGAUGGCAGCCUUGGAAACUCAAGAGCCUAUCUUACGUGAAAGUAGAGCCAACAGAGGGGCUCCAAGACCAAAAGCAAUAAAGGACAGUGGUGACCUUAAAGAAUACCUCCUGGAUGCACCAGUGGGCUCCAAAAUAAAAGUCAAAAAAGAGCCAGCUGUCCAAGAAAAAUUCACUGAAGUUGUCCUACGCAAAAGUGCAAAACCAACUACUCCAACCAAAGGGCAUGACAAAUCAGCCACUGGCGAUGUUAAAAAGCCAGUCAGGAGGAAGGGCAAAGACCAGGGGCAGGCAGAGGAAUCUACAGAGGCAGGUGCUCUUCUAAGUGUGCCUACAGCUCCUGCCCCAGCAUCACCUGUCUCCCCAGUGGUUGAACAAACACCCAUUGGGUCAAUAAAGGACAAGGUCAAAGCCUUACAACAGAAAGUAGAAGCGGAGCAAAAGAGUAAAAAGGUCACUGGAAGCAAGACUUCACAAUUGCCUGUCGCGAGCAAGCCUUCUCCAAAAGCCAAAGAAAGCCCUAAAUUGAAACAGGGCCCCCUUAAAUCCCCCAAAUCUGAAUCUGAAAAACUUGAGGAGACAAUGUCAGUCAAAGAGCUGAUGCAAGCAUUCCAAACAGGGCAGGACCCCUCAAAGAGAAAGUCUGGGCUAUUUGAGCAUAAAACAUCCACAAUGUCAAGAUCAGAAAAAUCCACCAAAUCAGACACCACCCAGUCAAAAUCUGUGACCAAAGCAAAGAGUUCAUGUGUCUCUCAAGAGCGAGAAUUAUCUUUGGAUUCCAAACCUUGCAAGAAACAGACACCUCAGCAAGACAAAGAGAUAAAGUCAUUUGAUGCUGUCCAUUCAGAUCUAACUGAAACUACAGACUUUGGAAAUGGUGGCCUUGAUGAUAGCUCCGACAGCUCAAAACAUGAGGCUGUUGCAGACUCAGUAAGUGCCAGUUCUGGAGAUGGAACCCCUCAUCUGAGCUCUGAGGACAGUUUGAAACAUGAGGGUCUUGCCACUCCAGACAUAAGCCCAGAUGGUCUUUCUCCCAAAAGUGGACAGCAGACUUCUACAACUUCAGCAGCAACUGCUACAACAUUCAAAACAGAAAGUAAAGACACAGAGCAGCCCGGCGACUCUGGUGUAGGGACAACUGGCGACCGACUGUCUACAGAAUUGACUCUCCCUGUUGCUUCCAAAGAUGCUGCAGAUGAUCAAACUACAACAGGUUUGCAUGAUGGAUCCCACAACAAAGAGGUCAUGGAAACAAGAACAACAGCUACUGUCACUUCAGAGGGACCUCACUCUGUCUCAGACCAGCAUCAUUCAAACAAUAAUCUGGAAGCUGCACAACAAAGAGUUUCACCAUCUUUAGAAGCUGAUAAAGACAGUAUUUCCAAAAAGGCCCCUGCCACAUCACAUGCUGAAAACAGGACUGAUGAGCAAAAGGAGGAGUGCUUAAGGAAGUCAAAAGACAACAGUGAAGAUGAUAAGCAUGUUCAUGAUUUAGAAGUUUCCAGCCCACAGACUGGUACGCUAAAACAAGGGAAAAAUGUAACUGAUGAAGUGAAAGGAGAUCGAAAGGAGCAACCAAGAGAGCCAGAUGCUGGUGCCUCAGGUAAAGCAAGAGACGUGUUUAAACCAGAGGUCUGUGUAUAUGAUGACACAGAGGAUGAUGAAACACUAGAACCUCCCAGAACUGAGUCGAAAGGUGUCACUGCAAGGGUAGAAAAGGACUCAUGGUCUGCCAUGCGGGAAGAUGAUGAUACCUUUGCAGCUCGAGUCAAGGAGGAGGAACAGAAAAUACUGAACCUGGUAGUGGACCAUCAGUCUCUGCAAGCAACUCCAGACACAACACCUGGUAGGACACCAACAGAAGAGAGCACUCCUACCAGUGAGCCCAACCCUUUUCUAUUUCAAGAAGGGAAGCUUUUUGAGAUGACCCGAAGUGGCGCUAUUGACAUGACAAAGAGGAGCUAUGAGGAAGAAGGAGGUGGUUUUGCCUUUUUCCAGAUAGGAGAUCAGCCUUUAGAUGAGCCUCUUGUAGAACAUGCCAGACAGGAAAAUAGGAGAUCAGCAGCAGAACAUGAAGGUGGCCUCAAUCUAACAAUAGAGGUUAAGAGUGAAGAGUCUAAGACAUCAAAAGAGGAAAGUGAUGCUAAGAUUCAGUCCCCACCUGAAGGUGAUCAGCCAGCCUCAAAAGCUGAUGCCUCCAAAUCUAAAAUCCCUAAAAUGGGACUUUCUGCUUCAUCCAAAACCACAAAGAAAGAUCAGACAUCACCUGAAGGUGUAGAGACUAAAACAGACAAAAAUGUGAAUGAAGGAUACAUGGAUUUAGAAAAACAGUCCCCUGACCAAAUGAUAACAACUGUACAGACAGCAGAAACCACAGUCACCAGAUCAGUUUACUCCGAGCAGGGCCAAGAGUCUUCUGAUUCCUCUCCAGAAGAACCACAGUCAGUGAUAGAAGCGCCCAAACCAACAGACAAAACCAAACAAAUGGCUUCAAGUGGUGCUAAAAAGAUUCCAGUCAAAACACCAUCUAAGUCUUCUUCACAAGUUCGGGGUAAAUCCACAAUUCCCUCUUCAUCUCAAGCAACCUCCUCUUCAUCAACUCUUAAUAAAGAGGCCUCCUCUAAUUCUGAACCUAAAUCUAGAAUUCCCAUUAAGUUUAGUGCUCCCAAGCCUGAUUCUACCGCCAAAACUGCUGAAUCUACUCAAGACAAAAAGCUUAAGGUCCCUGUAAAAAAGGAUUCAAGGAGAAAAUCUGAGACAGAUGCUGGUCCCUCUUUGGAUAUCAAAACCAAGACACCAUCUUCCAAAGCGAAGAGCUUCUGUGAGGCGGAGACUACCAGACCAUCUGCCAAGAAAGAACAAGGUCGCCCAUUGAGUGCUGAUAUAGCUAAAUCUAAAGGUUUCCAGUCCAGAUUGCCAGUCCGAGGGAAAAGUGGUCAAUCAUCUCAUUCCUCAACACCCACUAAAGAGAAAAGUGAGCGACAAAAUCAGUCCAUUGAUUUCUUUGAGGAGAUAAGCGAUGAGGCAGCCAAACUUGUGGCAAGGUUGGCACAGGCAGAGACAGAGAAAGAACAAGAGGCCGCAGCUGCCAACUCAGAUGAUGAGAGCAGUCUCAUUGAUCCAGCACUCAUAGAAAGAGAUACGUUCCCUGAGAUGCAGUUCCCUCCCUCAGGAGACGUCUUUCCCAUUAGACCAAUGUGGGAUGACCCUGUUGAGACACAGAUGCAGCGAAUCCCAGAUGAUAAAGUCCAAAGUCAAGUAGAUCCACAGGAUGAAGAAGAGAGAAAAGAGCAACGGUUGGCCAUUAUAGCUGACCACCUGGGCUUCAGCUGGACGGAAUUGGCACGGGAACUGGAUUUUGGUGAGGAGAGGAUCAACCUGAUAAGAGUUGAAAACCCUAACUCACUGCAAGAUCAAAGCCAUGCCCUUUUGAAACUCUGGGCAGAGAGGGAAGGAAAAGAUUCCACAGAAACAACACUGAUCAAAAGACUGACUAAGAUCAACCGAAUGGACAUUGUUCACCUCAUCGAAACCAAGAUACUCAAGUCGACUCAGGACGACACGUCAUCACAUACCUAUGCAGAAAUAGAGCGAACCAUAUCAUUGGAUCAUAGUGAAGGUUUCUCUGCCCUUCACGAGGACAUUGACAGCCCCAGACCCGGCAGGCGCACAGAGACUUCACGUAGGAGUCCAGGCUCGGGACAAGUGGUACCCAUGGUGUCAGCUGAGGAUCUGUCCUCCAGUUUGUCGUCACUAAACGAAAGAAAGGCCCAUAAAGAAAAACUACAAAAACAGAUGGAGGCAUCAUACUCAUCUCAAAGAGUAUAUGAAGAAUUGACAGAUACCGUACACACUGGCAGUUUGAGACAAGCGGAUGAUCUCCCAGAUAUCCCCCCACAGACCGUCACAGAGGAGAAGUACACAGAUGAGCAUGGCAACAUGGUGGUUAAAAAAAUCACUCGGAAGGUUAUCCGUAAAUACGUGUCACCGGAUGGCAUGGAGACACAGGAAGUGACCAUUGAGGGCUCUCACCAGGAGACGGUGCACAUUGAGGAGGGAGACACUGUGUCCAGAGUGGUGAAAAGGACUGUGCUGCGCAGUGAGGGCGAUCAGAGAGAGUUGACCUUCUCAGAGCCCCUGGCCCUGGGCGCCGCCACAUCAUCAGAGUUCGAGGUGGAGCCAGUGAAAGGACGAAAGGUCAGCAAGGUUGUCAAGACGACGGUGGUGAGAGGCGAGAGGAUGGAGAAGCAGACUGGAGACCCCUCUCUGGCUGCGGAUCUCCCCUCAGCCAGGAAGGACUUUGAGAAGGCAUUGAGCUAUGCUGGAGGCUUUGGGAAAGUGCUCCUGCCUCAUGUAGUAGAGAGAGAAGUUGUGCAGGACGACGGUUCUGUGGUUAAAAGAAGCGAGAUGCGUAAGUCGCGAACCCAGAAGAGGACUGUGGUGAGGGAUUCCCAGGGGAAGCACGUGCACCUCGAGCGCCACGACGACCCCCCCGACGCCCUGCAGCCCGACGCCCUGCAGCUGCACCUGCACCGCCUGCUGCAACGCUACUGUGAGGACGACCAGGAGGAGGAGGAGGAAGAGGAGGAGGAGGAGGAGGAAGAGGAAGAGGAGUGGUUUGAAUAGCAGCUGCCUCUGCUGAUCUUCUCCCUGCAUCUUCCAACGAAGCCUUUGGUGGCUCCGCCCCCUCAGAUCCAGAUGUUCUAUCCCUCCUCGCUGUCCUCUGAUCUCUGGAUUAUAGCUCUCCUUCUCUUUGUUGAAUAAUGGAACAGUAUUUUGUGAUUCAACGCUCGUCCUUCCCUCACAUCGUGUUUCAUUUGUGACCAAAGAUGGCACCCUUCAUUCUUGUCGGACUUGUGUGUGUUUCCCUUCGGGCUGCGGGGGUUUGACUCCGGUCCGACCCGCCACAGGUGGAUCAAAGUCAAGGAGGGGCAUCUCAGACGUUUUGGCCUCACGCACAGCCCUCUUCUUGAAGAACUCUUGUAAACAUAUGUACAUAGAGGAGAAAACCAUGCUUGAACUUAGGGGGGUGGGGGGGGGGGAAUCUAAAUGCAUUUAAUACAUUAGCCCACCCAAACCUGCUGUAUGCACCGACUCAGUGGGAGAAUGCCACCGGACAGAUGAGAUUAAUGUCAGAGAAUAGAUUGGGUGUGAAUGUGUGUGUCACCCUGCGGCUGUGUGAACACACCUGUGUCUUCCCAUCAUGCAUCUUUUUGUGUCUGUCUUUGUGUACGUGUUUGAUCUGUCACAGAGCUGCUGUGUGGGAAUUCAGUGUGUGUACUGAGAGAAAGUAGAGAUUUGCUGAAGCAGAUGGAGCACUUACCCCUCCCAUCGUCUGUGUGUCACCCUCCACCUUCCCAUGCUGCUCCUCGACCCCUCAUUCUGAUCAUAUGAUGUCCUCCAUUAAGGACAGGCUGUAAGGACAAGGCUGGGUUUAUGUUUUAUUCUUGUCAACAGCUCUCAUGCAGAGCCCCCACCCACGGUCCCCUCCUCUGUGCUGUAGCGCUCCAUUUGUGUCAAAAGUAGGUUAAAGUUAAAGUUAAAGGACAUUUUCAAAGCCGGGUUAAAGUAUGACUUUUAGGACUCUGCCAGUAAAAGCAAUGUAAUAGUUUAAUUUUGAGAGGAUUCAUGAAGUUUCAAACUGCCCAAAGGGAAAGACAUUUUCAGGACAAACUUGACUUUGACUAUUUUAUUCUGUCCACAACUUUUCAGCUGGCAACAUGUCACACAGGAAAAACAUUUUGAAAUGAUAGCCAGAGCAUGGUUUGAAGAGUAAUCAUUAGUGAUUUUAUAAAUUACAGUUUUUCUUUUUAUCAUGAUUUUAUUUGUCAGCUAGUCAUUGCUGCUGCUAACACUUUUUUUUAUUGUCGCUCAGUGAUGAUGCAAAUCCAUCAGUGUGUGUCAGGCACAUUUCUCCCAAAAACAGGCUUCAAUAUUUCUGCAAAUUUUGAGUCGUUUUCAUUAUAAUAUUAUUCAAUAAUAAAGCAAAUACACUCUCAUCACAUUUAACGACAUUCUUUGGUUCCUGAUUUUCCCAGUAAUUAUUUCAAAUCUCCUGCUAUCCAGAGGGACUACAGCUGAUCAGCUGUUUGAUGAAUGUACACAGUUUUUUAAUAAUGAAACUAUCUUGUAUAUUUGUGAGACAUUUUUAAAUAUUCAAUGUGUUGAAGAGCCAAGAGACAGAGACAGGACAUAUUCAGAGAGGGACGUAUUGUUGGUUGAGGUCUUUUCAUGGGGUUUGUUGACAAUAAUACUAACAACAGCAGGCUUAUUCCUGAUGUUUUUAGCCUCACCGAACAUAAACAUGCGUUUCUUAAUCUGCUUUUUUUGGUCUGACUUUUUGGUGUUCUCACUGCUAUCAACUUCGAGUUACUCCACUGACUUCACUCAUCGUACUUCCUUAUUUAUUUAUUGCAUUUGUGAUCCCUGUAAACUCCAGCAGCUGAAGCUGAGAGUGGUGUGUGUGUGUGUGUGUGUGUGUGAGAGUGUGUGUGUGUGUGUGUGUGUGUGUGUGUGUGUGUGUGUGUGUGUGUGUGUGUGUGUGGGUGUAUGUGUUUGUGGGUGUGUUUGAAUGUGUUCUAAAGCUAAAAGUAAAGACAAAUGACAAUUUGUUUUGCCGUGGUAGACAAACAGGAUUUGAUUUGAAGCUGUUUGACUCGUGUACAGGCUGGUGACGUGUGUUUGGUGUUUAUCUACAGCUGAGACUUUAUCGAUGUAACAAUACGAUCCUCACGUGCGUUACUCUGUGUGACCCAAUGGGAGAAUAAAAGAAAUGUCAAAAAGAGACCAUUGAUUUGAUAAAUGAGCAUCUUGUUUCCAUGGUGAAAAGAAUAUAUACAGUACAUUCAAAUAUCUAUGCGGGCAUGUAUGACUUCAAAUAAUUACUAAAAACCUGAAACGCUAACAAGGCAUAGCAGCUGCAGUGUGUACAUGGCAGACCAAUAAAUAUGUACAUCCGUCAAA